AGAUGGGACAGGAUACAGCUGAGGAGAAGAGAUUGGGAGACAGGAGGAUAUGCGAGAAGGGAGGAACAUCGAAAACAGCUGUCUUGAGUAUGCUGGAUUGAUAUGGAAUGUAGAGGAAAAGGUGGAGAGGUCCUCGAGAUUGAGCAGGGGAAUCAUCGAAAGUGAAACUAAGAAGGCACGGAGAUCUUCUGAUCUAACAAGAAUCACUGUUACAGUGAACAAAUUCCAAGUCAGUUCAGGAAAGGCUAGAAAGUCAGUUCGAACCGUCAAGCAUGGGAAAACAUAGCAAGCUGGUCAAAAACAGGAGAGGAAACUUGAGGCAGUGCAUAUUGGAUUGUUUGGCACAUGAACACCUAGGAUGAUCCGGUUCCAUUGUAUUGAAGAGCUUCAGAGGAGUUGGAAGAAUGCUUUAUUUUGGCAAGUCAGCCAUUAACCCAAUGAUGAUAGACAGCUACAUUUCAAACAGCAAGCAGUUCGUCCCAUUCACGUUCUAUGACAGGUUGCUGCUCUGUGAGGAAACAAGAGCGUCAAGAUGAGCAGCACCAAGGGAGUUCGCUUCCUCAGUCUUGUGAAGCCGUUCAUGUUCAUCCUCCCUGAGGUCACCUCUUCGCAGAAGAAGGUGCCCAUCAAGGAGAAGAUCUUGUGGACCAUGAUCACGCUCUUCAUCUACCUCGUCUGUUGCCAAAUCCCCUGGACGUUGAUGGAGCUGGGUAUCAGCCCGGUCGUCACCUCCGGCCUCAUCAUGCAGCUCCUUGCUGGCUCCAGGAUCAUCGACGUUGACCAGGGAACCAAGGAGGACAAGACUCUGUUCCAGGGAGCCCAGAAGCUCCUCGGUAUCCUCAUCACCAUCGUCGAGGCCGUGGCCUACGUGCUCUCGGGCAUGUACGGAGACGUCAGGGAUCUCGGAGCCGGCAAUGCCAUCCUCCUCAUCGCCCAGCUCUUCACUGCGGGUAUCCUUGUGAUCUGCCUGGAUGAGCUCCUGCAGAAGGGGUACGGCCUUGGGUCGGCCAUCUCGCUCUUCAUCGCCACCAACGUCUGCGAGACGAUCAUCUGGAAGUCUUUCAGCCCAACCACCAUCAACACAGGACGAGGAACCGAGUUCGAGGGCGCCCUGAUCGCUCUGUUCCACCUGCUGGUGACGAAGCAGGACAAGGUCAGGGCCCUCCAGGAGGCGUUCUACCGCCAGAACCUGCCCAACGUGACCAACCUGUUGGCUACUGUGCUUGUCUUCGUCCUGGUCGUCUACUUCCAGGGGUUCAGGGUCGAGCUUCCUGUGAAGCACGCGAAGCAGAAGAGCGGGCAGGGGAGCUAUCCCAUCAAGCUGUUCUACACCAGCAACAUCCCCAUCAUCCUCCAGACUGCCUUGGUCUCCAACUUGUACUUCAUCUCUCAGAUCCUGUACAAGAGGUACCCGGAGAACAUCUUCAUCCACCUUCUCGGACGCUGGGAGGAGCCGGAGAUGUCCAUGUCGGGGCAGAUGAGGCCUGUCGGCGGUCUCGCUUACUACGUAUCCCCUCCCAACAGCUUCACGGACAUUCUCUCGGAUCCCUUUCACGCCAUCUUCUACAUCGUCUUCAUCCUCACUGCCUGCGCUCUGUUCUCCAGGACCUGGAUCCAUGUUUCCGGCUCCUCGGCCUCGGACGUGUCGAAGCAGCUCAGGGACCAGCAGAUGGUGAUGAUGGGACAUCGAUCCGGCUCCAUGCAGAAGCUCCUCAACCGCUACAUCCCCACCGCCGCUGCCUUCGGUGGCAUGUGCAUCGGUGCUCUGACCAUCAUCGCCGACUUCAUGGGUGCUAUCGGCUCGGGAACUGGAAUUCUUCUGGCAGUGACGACCAUCUACUCUGUGUAUGAGACUGUCGUUAAGGAGAGCAGCGAGUUGGGAUCUCUCAAUCUCCUCCGCUUUUGAGUUUGUAAAUCAAUCAAACAAGUCAGUCAGUCAGCAUGUCUCGUUCAA